AUGGUCCCAGUUCAAAUCAUGUGUCCGAUUUGUCAAAAAAGUGAAGAAACUAUUUUCUAUGCACUUAUUUCCUAUUCAAUCGCUGCUCAAUGUUGGCAGAGGCUUUUGGCUGGGGUUAGGUCAAUUGUUGCUGCUAAAUUUUACAGUUGGUUUGAUCAAAUUUUACAAAGGUACAGUAAGGGCAAGUGUAGGGAGGUUGUUAUGUUGUGUUGGGGGUUAUGGAAGGCUCGAAACAAGUUGGUUUGGAACCAAAAGUAUGCUACGGUGGAUGGUGUUCUUAUCUCAUCUAUGAGUUGUCUUGUGCAAUGGAACUCAGCCCAAAAUAGAGGUUCAAAGGCUUCUUUUCCAGUUUUUAAAGCUGGUGAUAGAGUUGAAUUUUGGGUUAAACCGCAGGAAAAUACAAUCAAAGUAACUGUUGAUGCUGCUAUUUUUCACGAUCGAGCAACGUUUGGUUAUGACAUAGUCGCUCUAAGACUCUUAAGGGGAAGAAGUGAUGGCUAA